UAAGGGGACCCCCCCAGCACGGUGGCAGGGGGCCCUCACUACUGGGGAGAUCAAGGAAAACCCUGGGGACCAUCGCAGCAGCGGCCAGGCAUGGAGGAGGAGACCUGCACGCCUCUCGUCCCAUUUGCUACGCAGUCCAAGAUGGUCAGCCGAUAUGAACCAAAAGCCGACACCACGGAGCUCCCCACCCAUCAGCGAGGCCCAUCUUACAACGCGGAUGAAUUCUGGAGCGGGCAUAGCCAGCGGCCAAGCCCGCGCUGGAUGGAAGAAUACAGGGAAACCUCACCCCUGCUGAGGUCUAGCUCUGCCGUCCACAGGCCCAAUGUUCAGACAGAUGCAGACUCCUGGCACGUGCUGGCCAUCCCGCAGGCGUUCCCCUCUCCUCGGGAGCUGUGUCGGAGGAGAAGCAGCCAGCCGAAACGAAAGAGACCGGCGAACGGCAGUGUGAUGUCGGUCUGUUACCACCUGGAGGACUUGAAGAAAAGGCAAAGCAGCAUUGAUCAGCUGAAGAGGCUGAAAUGGGGUGGAUACGGAUCCCCAGCCAACUCUGAGGGGCUCGAAGGCGCCGCUGUCUCUCUAGCCGAAGAAUUGCAAAGCGGAAGAGAUCUGCUGAGCCGUUUGACCAAGCCAAGACCUUCCUGGCUCUGUGAAGAGGACUCUUUUGUUAGCCGCAACGGCAGCGGGCAGCGGAGCUGCAGCAUGGGAGAGCAGCAAGGGAUCCCCGAGGGAAGCCGGGUGGGCUCCUCCCUCGUGGCCAUGGCAGACCGACCCCAGCCGCCAGUCAGGUGCCUGCCUCAGGAAGCCUUCUGGGGCUUUGGGCACCAGCCAGAAGAGUGAUCGUGAAGUGCUCAGUGUGGGGGAUGGAGGGGGCUAUCACCCACACAUGCUUGCAGCAGGCCUUAUAUUGAAAGUGGAUUCACUCCCCUCUCAUGACCCCCCCACCCCGAGCCUGCUUGGUUCCUGGUUAUUGACUGUUUCAUGCCUUGAUUUUUGGUUGGGGUUUUUGUUUUUUGGGCAAGGAAAGCAACGGCUUCCUUCUUGACGCUCUCUGUGGGCUUUCGGGACCCGGCUCCGUAGCCAGAAAGACACCGGCAGGAUUGUUUCCAUAGUGAUUCAGCGCAAGCAGAAAAGAGGAGGCGGCUGCCUGUAUUCCCCCGCACCCCGCUCCUACCUAUCGGAGGGGUGUUUUAGUUAGCAAACACUUCGAGAGCAAAGCAACCCAGGCAGCGGCGUAUUAAGCAAUCUGCUGCCUUCCACGCCUGGGAACAAUGAGCCACCCUGACGCGCGAUGAAAUGGUCUCGAAGCCAUGUCCCCUGGCUGCCCUCCCCACCAAAAAUACUCAGAUAAGCCUCCAGCCUGGGAGCUGGUCAGCACCUGAGCUGACGUUUGGAUCCCUCUCUGCCACGGGUGGAAGGCUGUGUUGGCCAGUGGGUGCUAGUGGCUGGUGUGUGCCGGUCUGGUGGGAGACAGCUGGGGAAGAGGCAAAAGCCAUGGGUGGCAUGGUCCCGGGAUGCUCGGCGACGCUUCUCUUCUCCCCAACAAGAGCCGUCCAGGUGAGGAGACGUGACCCUAAAGGUUUACUGGACAAGUCCUUCGUUUAUCUCGCGGUAGAGUGACCCUACGCAACAUUCGUGCUAGGAUUCUGGUAUCGACGUUGCUACUUUUCCAUGCCUCCGGCUUAGCUCAACUUGUCUCGAAAGGUUCUUCCGACAGUGAUUGUCCUCUCCUGCAUUCGUUGUGCGAAGUGCAGCUUACUUAUAAU